UUGUCGUCGUAACUGUGCAGUUAACGGCGGCUCAGGAGAUAUAAAAGCAUGGCUCACUGACGACGAAGACGGUCAACACGAUCUUGUAUCUGGGCAUCCUUUGGUUCCAUCAAUUGCAAGUUGGCCCUGAGUUCUCACAAUUGGACAAAAUGGGUCUUGCUAAAGUCUUCAGCCUUGUGCUGCCACUCGUGCUUGGGGUUCUAGGAGCCCCUGCCGCUCAGGAGGAGCCCGCGCAUGUCGUGGCCAGACAAGGCGCCGAUCCCCACUGGUACAAGUACUGGGCCAACGACAAGGCCGAGGUCGAAGCUGAGGACCUCAGCGGAGGAGAGUUCACCGUCAACUGGGACGAGCCCAACGGCGGCAAUUUUGUCAUUGGCAAAGGAUACCGGACUGGCUUCGACACGAAGUUCAAUUACUCCGGAACUUUUACACCUGGCGACAACUCGAACACGUACCUUGCACUGUAUGGCUGGACCUACGGUCCGACGAGCGAGUACUAUGUGAUGGAGUCAUUUGGCGUCCACCAUCCUGCAGACAACGCCAAUAGUGUCUGCUACGGACACUUUGAGUCCGACGGAGGCACCUAUGAGGUCUGGGACAAGUACAACGGCAACAUCCACCAGCUGUGGUCCGUGAGGACAACACGCCGUGUUGGCGGGACCAUCACCACCGGCAACCACUUUCGUGCCUUCAAUGCCGUCGGUCUCACCCUGGGGAGACAUGGCGAGAUGGUCAUUGGCAUCGAGGGCCAGUGGGGCGACGGUUCUGCCACCAUCACCGCCGGCGUCCCGCCUGCCACCAAGGUCGUCGAGAGCGCGACACCCACAACCAGGACCCAGGUGUCUACGCGGAAGGGCACCUGCACGGCCACGAUCGAUAUAAGUUAACGUUCCUCGAGCUUGGCGUUGGCAGUCUUGCCCCAUGUACAUGAGGUUGUACUACCUAGUCGGUCUCGGUUUUCAGGGUGAGCGCUGGCCUUUGGGCUGUAACGGCUGUCGA